AUGUGUGGAAGACGCGUCGUCAUAUGCGCGUACUACGGUUGUCAGGACCAAAACCCAUCAUUGAGUACGGAUAAGUGGGCGACGCGGUUGGGGUCGUGCUUUAGCGGGCUCUCACGGAAGGCAAGGACUUGCGCUUUGACGAGAUCACUCUCUGGACUGGUAUCGAGCGCGCUGGCCGGUCCAGGGGCGACAUACGGUAGCGCAAUUAUUGGGAUAACGCGUCGGGGCGUGUCGUCAAGGUUAGUUUAUUGAUUUACGACUCCAGCCUUUUGACUUUCAUUUACUGUUCUCGGGGUGGUCCAAUGA